AUGCAAUUAUGCUCUGAAAUCAAACAGAUCAGUACCAAAUUAUGGGAAAGUAAGGAGGCUGGUGAUAAUAAUUGGACUCUUAAUCCAGUAAUAAGACGCCAUUUAGACUUGAAAUUUAUUAAGCUUCGAAGACUCAAUCAAAAAAUGUGUCAGGACAAACACCAAGUUAAAAGCGAAACUCAUUGUGCAAAGGUAAAAAUGGAUCGUGCACAUAUGAAAUUACAAGAUGUCUUGUUUCAAAAAUGUUUAUUAAAAAACAUGCUCAGUAGAGUUCCACGCAGGUUUAAAUUUGAAAAUAUUUCGUUAAUACCUGUUGAUGAAUUUAAGCAAAUUGCGCCGGAACAAUAUCUUCCU